AGAACUCUCAGAAAGCUCAUCACAAAGCCAUGAUAGUUCCUCAUCCACUCAGGCAUCUCAGCAGCUAACCGCAACCGCUUCCAUUCUCUUCAGUUCUUUGCCAUCUUGUCCGCGACAAGUCACUUCACAUUCACUCUCUUUACAAGUCCAAGCAACUUGAAACGCAGCUACCUCACCAUGAAGUUCCUCAGCACUCUCGUUCUGGCCUCCACCGCCUUCGCCUACCCUACGAUCCCGCAGGAAGAAACUAAGCGACAGCUGGGCGGCACCGUCGGCAGCACGGCCAACGAGUUCAAGACUGGCGGAUGCAACGAUAUUAUCUUCGUUUGGGCGCGCGGCUCCACGGAGAUCGGCAACAUGGGCACCGUUGUGGGACCCCCUGUUGCCAACAACCUGAAGGCCGCCUUCCCGGGUAAGGUUGCUGUCCAGGGUGUUGCUUAUCCCGCUGGUCUGGACACCAACUUCCUCCCCGGUGGUGCUGACCCCGUUGGCAUCAACGAGAUGAAGAGCAUCCUCAGCGACAUCGCGAGCAAGUGUCCUACCGCCAUCGUCGUCACCGGAGGCUACUCUCAAGGUGCGGCCGUCAACCACCGCGCCAUCGAGAACGCGCCCGAUGCGCAAAAGACCCAGAUCGCCGGAGUGGUCACCUUCGGAGACACCCAGUUCCGCGCCGACAAUGGUCAGAUCCCCAACUUCCCCAAGGACAAGAUCAAGAUCAUCUGCGCCGCCAACCCGCGCGACACUGUCUGCGACGGAAACUUGAGCGCCGCCGUCCUGGCGCCUCACCUGUCAUACGGCGCCAACGCCAAGGAGGGCGCCGACUUCCUCAUUGCACAGAUCAAGAAGGUUCAGGCUUAAGGUCGACUUGCACCAUCUGCCAUGCUGAGACCCACAGGGGGCAGUGUCUCCUCGUUGAGAACGGUGUCCCGCGAUCAGAUUUGCUGAGUGGGCUGAUGGGAGUGGUUCCGCACAUAUCAUGAAAAAAUGGCUGGGUCCUCUUCUCGUUUUCCUUGCGACAUGAAGCUUCCGGAGGCUUCUGUACUUUUGUUUCUUUCCUGUCUGGCUUUGGCCAAGAUACGCGGUUGUUAGUCCUGCUUGAGUGCUG